AAUUAAAAUAAAUUUGCGCAAAAUAUUUAAGGUUACGCAUGAGUAUGUAAAUUUUGAUAUAUUUUAUUAUUUUCUUGAGACGUUAUAUUAUUUCACAUUCUGAUCUCUGGUCUUAACUCGGGUACAAAAGGACUUAAUUUUUCAACACCAAAGUACCGCAAGAACUGUAUAUUUACUUCCGCCUGCAGCUCCACCAAUUACAUUAGCGCUUUAAGUCUUCUACAGGGGGCGCGACCAAUCAGAAAAGCUAUUCCAAACGACGUCAUCAAGGUAUUGCGAACCACUGCAGUUAUUACAGGAAAUUAGUUAGCUGCACAAAUUAAAACGUCCAUUGGGUGUUGCUAAAACUCAGCUCAAUUUUGGUAACACCACCCGGAAGUGGAUUUUUAGUCUACAUUGUUCCUCUUGUCGCAGGUGAAAGCGCAGCAGAAUGUAACGGUGCUUCUUACGGGCUGUCCUCGCAUCUUCUCGGCCAUCACAAGUCCCCCCCUUUUCCGCUACUCGGACGGUGCGGAGAUUCGGUGUUUUCGGGGGAUGGGUGUUGCACGGACGGUCAGCAGAGGCGACUAACGUUUGAAAAGAUGUCCAACAUCCUCGAUGCGGCGUCCAGAGUGAAAUGGGACCGCACGACUGCGGCGAAGAGAGCCGUGUUGCUGGCGGCUGCAGCUUACGGUGUUAAAACGCUGUACCCCAUCAUCUGGAAGCAGCUCUGCGGGAGCAGAAAGCCGAACCGCGACCGCCGGGAGUCAAAGGCGGAGAACGGCUCGACGUGUUCCGGGAAAGCGCAGAUAGACGUCGUGGAUGAUAGGAAAGCAUCCCCGGGAGUCAACGCAGAGUUUUUCAGGCAGAUCCUGGAACUUGGUAAAAUCCUCUUCCCCAGGCUCGUUUCCAGAGAGCUAGGUUUGCUGUGCUUGCACUCGGUGGCGCUGAUAUCCAGGACAUUUCUGUCUAUUUACGUGGCCAGCUUGGACGGGAAGAUAGUCAAGACGAUCGUGGAGAAAAAGCCCCGGCACUUCAUCAUCCAGCUGAUGAAAUGGCUCCUCAUCGCGAUCCCGGCCACGUUCGUCAACAGCGCCAUCCGGUACCUAGAGUGCAAGCUGGCUCUGGCCUUCCGCACCCGGCUGGUCAACCACGCUUACCGGACCUAUUUCACCGAUCAGACCUACUAUAGGGUCAGCAACAUGGACGGGAGGCUCGCCAACCCGGACCAGUCGCUCACCGAGGACGUGAUGAUGUUCUCCCAGUCGGUGGCCCAUCUGUAUUCCAACCUAACCAAGCCGAUCCUGGACGUGAUGCUGACCUCCUACACGCUGAUUCAGACCGCCAGGGCGAGGGGCGCCAACGCCAGCGGGCCGACCCUGCUGGCCGGGCUGGUGGUCUUUGCCACGGCCAAGGUCCUGCGUGCAUGCUCCCCCAGGUUUGGCAAGCUGGUUGCAGAGGAGGCGCACAGAAAGGGUUACCUCCGCUACGUGCACUCCAGGAUUAUUGCUAACGCUGAGGAAAUAGCUUUUUACAGAGGACACAAGGUGGAGAUGUGUCAGCUGCAGAAGUGCUACCGGGCCCUGGCCGACCAGAUGAACCUGAUCCUGUCCAAGCGCCUCUGGUACAUCAUGAUCGAGCAGUUCCUCAUGAAGUACGUGUGGAGCGGCUCCGGCCUCGUCAUGGUGGCCGUGCCCAUCAUAACGGCCACGGGCUUCGCCGACAACGAAACGGCAGACGGACAGGCGCAGAUGAUGGUGAGCGAGAGGACGGAGGCGUUCACCACCGCCCGCAACCUCCUGGCGUCCGGAGCCGACGCCAUCGAGAGGAUCAUGUCCUCCUACAAAGAGGUCACAGAGCUGGCAGGUUACACGGCGAGGGUCCACAACAUGUUUGUAGUGUUUGAGGACGUCCAGAGGGGGAUCUACAAGCGCUCCUCUCUGUCUGCCACCACAGGAACGACGCUGAAAAGCAAACCCGAGAUGCACAUAGACGGGCCGCUGGAGAUAAAAGGUGAAGUGAUUGACGUGGACAGAGGCAUCGUGUGCGAGAACGUCCCGAUCAUCACGCCGAACGGGGAUGUGGUUGUGUCGUGCCUGAAUCUAAAGGUGGAAGAGGGCAUGCACCUGUUGAUCACGGGGCCAAACGGAUGCGGGAAAAGCUCUCUGUUCAGGAUCCUCAGCGGGUUGUGGCCCGUCUACGGCGGCCGCCUACACAAACCUUCGCCCGAGCACAUGUUCUACAUCCCCCAGAGGCCAUACAUGUCAAUGGGCUCUCUGCGAGACCAGGUGAUCUACCCAGACUCAGUGGAGGACAUGGCUGCCAGAGGGCUGACCGACAAGGACCUGGAGGCCAUCUUGGACAUCGUCAACCUCAAUCACAUCGUCACCAGAGAGGGAGGCUGGGAUGCUGAGCUAGACUGGAAGGACGUUCUGUCUGGAGGCGAGAAGCAGAGGAUGGGCAUGGCUCGCAUGUUCUACCACAAGCCCAAAUACGCCCUGCUGGAUGAGUGCACCAGCGCUGUGAGCAUCGACGUGGAGGGAAAGAUUUUCCAGGCUGCCAAGGACGCCGGCAUCUCGCUGCUCUCCAUCACACACCGACCGUCCCUGUGGAAGUACCACACCCACCUGCUGCAGUUCGACGGCGAGGGCGGCUGGCGUUUCGAGGAGCUGGACUCGGCGACCCGCCUCUCCCUCACCGAGGAGAAGCAGCGGCUGGAGGCCCAGCUCGCCGGCAUCCCCGAGAUGCAAAACCGCCUCAACGAGCUCUGCAAGAUCCUGGGAGACGACUCCGUCCUCAAAACAGCCGAGGAGUGAGAGCGGAGAAGGGAGGUGGAGGUGGAGGCGAGGAAGGAAAGCAAAAUCUAGCAGCUUUCCGUAAGCUUUUUUUUUCUUUUCUUUUUUUUUUUUGCUCCAAAUAGGAGCUUCUGAAGACUUGAGCCCUGCUGUCUCCACCCCCCCUUUUAUUCCUACACACCGACUGUAUGUUCAGUGGUACUUUUAAAAGUUGGGGUUUAGCAGUUGUUACAAGCAAAAGCGACAGAAACGACGACCCCAGAUUAACUAAAAUGAUUGUUCAGUUCGUGAUCUAAUAGCACUUUACAUUUAGAGGGCCGCCUCUACUUAUUGUAAUUGUUCAUGCUCAUACACAGGCAUCUGUUAUUGGUGUUGUUUUUUUUUACCCAAAGCAGUGUUGCAAGGGACGACAAAGACGGCUGUCAUUCUGUUGUUGUUUUUACCUCCAGCUCAGCAAAAUAUUUCACCGUAACGAGAGUUCCGCUUCUAUUUUUCAUACCUUUUCUCAAACCGUUUUCUGGCGUUUGGCGUCGUCUCCCGAAGCUUCUGCCCCUUAAAAACCAGUUUUUCCGAACGUUUAACGGGUUGAACCUAAUUCUCAAUUAUACAUGGUGCAUUUUUCUUUUGUUUUUAAAUGCACUUUAUUGUUCCCGAUAGCUGUUGAUGGCACGUCCUGCGGCGUGCACGGAGGAAAGGCUGUACUUGAGGAUUGUUUAGACGUUCUAGAUUUUUCCUUUCCGCUGUCGUUUCGUUUUGACGACUCUGAUCGCAUCGGAGGUCGCGAUACUGUGAAACUACCGAAUUGUGGCGUAAACUCAACCACUUCCUCCUCUUCAGGGUUUUUUUUUUUUUUGGCCUAAUCAGGUUCGAACCUGUGUACACGCUCGCUAACGUCCUGCAUGAAUCAAAUCAAGAGCAGGAGCUUAUGCCUUAUGAAUAUAAACAUUCAAGUGUUCCUAAAAAAAUUUUUUUUUUUUUUACCUCAGCACAACCUGUUAAUACCUUGUUUUAUGUAGAUGUUUAAAGUAAUGACAACGUUUAAAGAACCACUGCUUUAUUUUUAUGAAACUCAUCAUACAAUUGUUUUCAAAACCGCAGCUGAGCAACACAGUAUUGCCCCUCCCCCACCUGUUGCUGCCUCGCUUUUUCAGACAUUCGCCUGCCUAAAAAAAAAAAAAAAAAAUCGUCAAUUGAUUGCAGAGUUUUUGCAGUGGUGGGAAUGAUGCCAGCUUUUUGGUUUUAAAUGAACACGGUCCUUUUGUUUUUUGUUUGUUUGUUUCCUUUUUUAAAAAAAAAAAAACGUUUUACCGUUUGUAAGUUCUGUGCGAAAACAGCGCUGCAGUGACACUGUGAGGUUUUUUACAGGAUCUCCAACCAGCCCGAGCCCAUGGCGGCAGAGAAUAAAAACUGACAAUCAACACCAUCGUGGGCAGAAUGUAAACGGACGUGCUGCCUCUUUUUAAGACUUCAAGCAUUUGACCCGGAACGUGACGACGUUUCCUACUGAACAUGUAACGUGUCGGGACGGAGCAACCUCGAAACCUUCAAUCGCUACUUUAAAGAAAGCUUUAGAUCGCCUGGGUGAUGGUGUUUUCUCAGAUUUCUGAUGGGCUUUUUUCCCCUCACAAUAAUAAAAAAAAUAUUUAAUGAAGAGCAAAAAAAAAAAAAGGCUACUGAAAAUGUAAACAGCUACUAGUAUUUUUGAAUAAUGGUCAUGUACUGCUAUGAAAUGCAUGGAGAUAAAGAAUUCAUUUGGUAUGAAAGAAGCACCUUGUAAAAUUGAUGUGUCUUUUAAAAAAAAAAAUGUAGUUUGUAAAUGAACUGGAUUUUCUGCUUUCAGCCCAGACUUUGUCGACAAGAGGACACACAAGCCGCUGAAUGACACAGAGUCUGAAUAGUAACAUUUGAGCACGAGGGCUGCUUUAAGCAGUGCUUGGUUGUUGCAGUUUGUUUUUGAGUGAGAAAAAGAGAAAGAAUCUUCACGUUCAAAGGACGGGAUAGAAAAUGAUGGAGGGCCCUCUUCCUGAUAUGAUUGUGCCCAUUUGUUAGAUUGUGUUCAGAUUUGUUUUAAAUAACAUUUUACAUGUUUUAGGUAACGAUGGUUCUCUGCCCCAGUUUUUUCCCCCCAAUUAAAACCCUAAAGCUUGAUACUAAA